UCCGCACUCCACGCCCUCAAGCAAUGGAGGCAGCACCACCAGCGCUUGUAUCGCGUCAGCUAGCGUGUGUCUGUGUUUAAAUGGACUAUCUGCCUACUCCCAGCGGCAGCACGGCCGACGCGAGGCCUCGCCGACCGGCUAGGUCGAAGAAUGGCUGUUUGACGUGUCGUCGUCGCAAAGUCCGAUGUAAUGAGGAGAAGCCGAAGUGUGGGCAUUGCUCGCGUCUUGGUCUGGAGUGUAGUUGGCGACAGAGCCACAGCAGGGCCGACAGCACAAGUGCAAGCUCCAGUACAAAUGGAAAUCCAAUUGCAUCGGCUACUGCUGCAGAAACAAUCGACCCGGCGCCUGGCGCCUUUUUCAACUACGGCGGCUUGUUUGCGGAGGAUUCCUCGCUGACGACGUCGUCGUCUGCCAGCUGGCUCGCGGGUGGGAUGGCCUCCUUCAGCGACCCGGUCAGUUUCGGCCUGGGCGCCUACUCGCCGCUGUUCGAAUAUCACCCGUCGCCGUCAUCGUCUGGGCCGGUAGCAGCAGCAGGAGCGGCAGCAGCACCGGGCAGCGGUGGCGGCGCUCAGCGUGAUUCCAUUCGCGAUCAGCAGGCGUUUACCCUGUUGGACGUCACAUCCUCGACGUCGUCGUCGUCACCGCCGCAGCACCACCCGCCGAUCGCCCCAGACGCCAGCGACGACGAGCUGUUUCACGCCUUUCUGAACUCGGGCGUGCCUCCGAUCCUCAUCUCGGUCGAGACGCGCGUCCGCUGGCCGUGCAUGAAACGUACCUUGGCCUCCAUGUCGCGCUCGUCGAGCAUGGUCCGCUCGGCCAUCGUCACCUUUGUCGCCGUGCUGUUUCGUGACUCCGAUAGGGAGCCGCAUUCGCGCCGCACCGAUAUCUACGACAAAGCAGCCGCCGAGCUGGCGCGCACGAUAGAGGCCGUCUCGGUGGGCACCAUGGAGCUCGGCGUCGAGCUGCAGAACAUCCUUGCCACGGCAUUUCUCCUCUCGUACAGUGAUCUUGUCACUUCGCGGGUCGACCAGGCCAAUGCAUACUUGAGAGAAGCGUUCAAAAUGUUGCAAAUGCGAAAGUUAUCAGAAUUGAACAUGACUGAAAAACGGCUAAUAUCGUGGAUUCGCUUGAUUGAUGCGCGUGCCGCCUCAGCAGGCGGAGAGGGCUUUUUUGUCACCAAUGAUAAUGAAAAUCUGUACGCUUCCGAUACGCUCGAGUCUCGGUCCGGGGCCCUCGACUAUGCAAGUGAUCCUGGAUACGACGAUCUUGCCAUCGAGGAGAUCCUCUCAGAUAUGCUCCAUCGACCGGGCACCGUCUUCUUCCAGAAGGUGCUCUCCUUCAUGGGCCGGAUCGCGAAGAUUGAUCCGUGGCAUCGCAGCCGGGGUACCGUCAAGGACGAAACGGAAGUCAUGUCGCUCGCGAACCAGAUCACCCGAGACCUCCAGAAGCUGUACUCGCAGCGCCCGCCGCUGAUGGACUACGCGAUUGCGGGCCACCUGAACCGGACGCAUGUCAUCCAGACGCUGGCGGCCGCGCUGACGCAGAACUUCCGCGCGUACGCCGCCAACUACUACGCAUGUUUCAUCCACCUGCACCGCGUGGCGUACAAGACGUUUCCCAAGACGCCCGAGGUGCUCGAGGCGCAGGCGAAAAUCAAGAGCUUGAGUCGGUGCAUGGCUAACGCGCUCGAUCCAUCCGAGCCCAUGCCCGGCCAGAUGCUCUGGGCCUUGUGCAUGUGGGCCAGCGAGGAAGACGACCCCGCCGAACGGCUGUGGAUCCUGAGCACCAUCCGCGGCAUGAAAAGCAGCGCCAGCAAUGCCCACAUCCUCGCCGACGUGCUUGAGGAGGUCCUUCGCCGGCAAGACGAACAGCACCAGCGCGUUGAUAUCCGUUCGGUCAUGCAGGACACUUUUCACCAAAGCUUUGCCGUACUCUAAUAUUUUUUCUUUUUCAUUCAUGAUCUAUGUACAAGGUAUCGAACAUUUCUUUUUUUUUUUAAAAAAAAAAAAACAACCCCUUCCCCGUUCCACAUCGAAGGGGGGGGGGGGUC